CAAUUAAUUGGAGUGUGUGUUGCAGCUGCAGCAGUUUGAGCCUCAUAUUCUUCAGCCCGGACAAUCAGCCCCCCUGUUCCACAUCCUCCCGGACAUCUCCCCCCACCUCACACUGGACUCCACGAUCGUGGUGUACACUAACGUCUCCACUCUCCUCGUGCCACUGCUCUGCUACGACGGCAAGCUCAUCAAGGUGAUAUCCCAUCACAACGAUACAGAACUAGAGCUGGGCACAGUAGGCAGUGGGACAGAGAAGCAGGUGGUGUUCGCUCUAGUCAAUGAGAACCCAGUACCUGUAACCUUGCUAUCUUGGGACACCAGUCUCCCGUCAGCCACUAUCACAAUCGCCUCCAUACGCGAUGGGAACGCCACCAGCUUCCUCUCGCAGUACUGCUUGUACAAUGACACGACGCAGGAGCGGUCGGUUGGCCCGGGGCAAUACGCUGUUGUGCGUGUGUUGGUUCGGGCAAUGACGCAGGUGGGAGAGACGCGGGCUCACGUCACACUGCGCACAGAGUAUGAAACCAUAGAGAUAUCUGCCCACAUGAGGGUUGAGCACGGUAGCCUGCAAGUCACUCCUGACCCCAUCAUCUUCGACCAGUGCUUUCCGGGCAAAGUUUGCACUGAGGCACUGCGGGUCCAAUCACUGUUCUCUGUGGCGAUGGCAGUAACAGGGGUGAGUGGAGUAGGAGUGCCUGCAGACCCCCGCCUGAGCUUCAGUCCCGCUGCGCCCCCGCUCCUACCCCCCGCCGCCACCACUCACCUCGGCACUCUCAGCUUUGACACACAGCUACUACCACCAGAGGACAACUACCUGGCCACCACGCACAAUGUUACAGGGGCCACAAGAUGGCAGGACACACUGGAACUACCAGCACACUGCCCGGACUACGACCUGAGUCUGCUGGCGGCCAGAUAUGACCAUUACCGGAACCUCUCCUCCCGCCUCCUGAAUCUCUCCCUCAGACUGGAUACUACCGAGGUAAGGGAGCACAUGUUCGGAGCAAGAGUUAAACUGAGCUGGCCACGACUGGCCCGAGACUUGGUGUUUCCUCUGACACAAGUGGGCAACACGACGCAGCGCUCGCUGUUGGUCAGCAAUCCUGGCACCCAACAGCCGCUUGUCGUACAACUCGUGCUGGAGACUGCGUAUCCCUCAGCGGCCUCCGUCCUCGACAACCUGCCUCCUGGGCUAAAACCAGAAGCACUGGCAGGCGCACAAUCUAUCCCGGGAGAGUUUGCGGUGGACUCUGUCGACUCUCAGUACAGAACGUCAGGACCUCACAUACACCGUGACACCUGGGUGUUUGUGAUACCUCCUGGCACUAACACAACAGUGCGUGUGGACUUCACACCUUCAGGAUGGAUUAAUUAUUAGUUUAAAACAUGUUGAUGCUUGCCCAGGCUAAAACCAGAAGCACUGGCAGGCGCACAAUCUAUCCCGGGAGAGUUUGCGGUGGACUCUGUCGACUCUCAGUACAGAACGUCAGGACCUCACAUACACCGUGACACCUGGGUGUUUGUGAUACCUCCUGGCACUAACACAACAGUGCGUGUGGACUUCACACCUUCAGGCGCUCACCUUUCCUCUGCCCUUCUUCUGCUGAG